AAACGUUGGCGCGAGCGCGUGAGUACUGACAGAGCUCUCGUCCAAUGGGAGCCGCGGAGGGAAGGCGCAGAGAAAUCCUCUGACUUUACUACGAAGGUGACGCGCAGCCAAGGCGAUGGAGAGAAACCGCGUCAAAAUGCUCGUUUAAUGUUUGAAGAAAAGUAAGAUGCCUGGUUUAGUGUCAUGCCUUGGCGAUCUAAUAGUCACUGGAAUCAUCAUCCUCUUCUCUGACCACGUCCAGUCAGAGAUAUGGACCAAUGAAGUUUCAGACGUCCAGUUCGGUGGACUGGGCUCCAGGGUCACGCUCACAUGCGGAGGUGCUCACGGCGGGUCUCCAGUGGAAUGGCGGUUCAAUGGGAGCUCAGUACCGCUGUGGCAGAUACACCAGGGCUCGCUUACGCUACUGAACACCACACACUCGAUGGAAGGCAACUACAGCUGCCAUGAUGAACGAGGAACUUUACUGCACUCCAUCAAACUACGCCUGGGCUAUCCGCCUCAUUUUGUCCGAAUUUCUUGUCGUAUGCCGAGUCAUAUGAACAUCUACUGCUCCUGGGUACAAACUAAGACAACACACCUGCCCACGUCAUACAGGACCUCCUACAGUGUUAAUAAAGGCAGGCAGGUGGACGACUGCGAGCAGAAGCACAUUGGGUUGAAUGAGUGUAUAAUUACUAACCCACCGUUAUGGACCUCAAAGUUCCUGGUGAACAUCACCGAAAUCAACCCUCUGGGAUCCAACUCCACCAUCGUCCAGAUAGACAUUCAUGAACUCUUGAAGCCAGAUCCUCCCGAGGACGUCCAAGUUCUUCAGGUGGAAGGUCAGCCCACUCAGUUACUGGUCCAGUGGAGUUAUCCUUCAUCCUGGACGGUUGAAAUCAUGCCCGCUUUUCCCUUAACCUUCUCACUGCGUUACCGGCCGAUCGGCUCCAGCUACUGGUCGACACUGGAGACAGAGGACAACACCAGUCUAAAGAUCAUGGACGCUCUAGUGGGUCACCUGCAUCAGAUCCAGAUCAGAGCUCAGGACGCCCUGAUCAACCACAGCCAGUGGAGUGAAUGGAGUCAUGUGGUAGAGGUCCGGCCGUGGAUCGAGCCUUGGGAAGAGCCAACAGAGGAACUGAUGGAUUUUAGCUUUCCAUUUUUCAACUUGUCAUUUCCAGUGAGGACCACAGACAAGUCUCCAGAUUCAUCAUUACACCAGAACGGAAGCCUCGGUCUGUUGAUUUUGUUGGGUCUGUUUGCAGCGUUCAUGGUGGCUGUGUUAUUAACCAUCAUCGCACUUCUACGGGUCAGACAAAGAAAACAGGACAAUGUGAAGAAAGAAGAACUGGCUUCCAUGGUGAAGAUGAAAUCCAUACCGGUCUAAAAUUUGAGAAGUCGGCCGUCUCCAGUUCGGCCCUCAUAGGGCAUCAGUAUAGGGAAUCAGCACCACUGACAGACUCCAUUACCCACAAUCCACCUCUCCUCUCUGAGUCCCGUGAACUGUGAACAUGAACAGUCUCCAAUGUAGCACACAAUGCAAUGGAAAAAAAAAAACACAAGGAUUUCCUUUCUCCUUUCACAGCAAAUUCUUGGACAAUGAAAAGCAUAUUUUUGUAUUGCUCUUUUCCUUCCCGUUUCACCCGCGCUCUACUGGACUCCACUUCUGACACAUGCUGUUCUGUGAAAAGGCUUUUGCCCGGACACACGCAGCAUACGGGGCAUUAUGGAGAAAGUGGCGAAAAAGACACUCUGUAACCUUUAGACAGCUGCUAUCUUUGGAAGACAGAAGGUUGGCGAAGGAAGCGUAGUCUUUCUGUGGAGAGACAAAAACUGCUUUGUCUUUCUUCCUGCGCUCAAAACCGGUGGACGGACGGACACAUCUGCAGUUGAUCGGCUUCGUCUGGUUAGUUCCCAGCCAGAUGUGGCAUCUAAAGCAUCGCGUUCUCGCUCAUAAACUCCCGUAAAAUGCAUUUCACCAUGACAUCAGCCUCGGAGUUCAUGUCUUGACCGUAAACGCCAGCGACGGUUACGAACUCGCUUCAAUGCCAUAAAUGCAUUUGGUUUCUCUGGACUUUUUGGGCAUUUUCUCUGCAUUGAAUCCAGACAUGAAUGUAAAUCGGUCUUACAGUGGCACAUCUGUAAGGCGAUCCAAGCUGAUUGUUUCUAUGUUGAAGCUAGUAGAUAUUCACAAUAUUAAGUUCUAUUGAAGCUCAUCUAUACAAUGAUAUCAUUAGACAUUUAUGCAUUUAUAUUGUGUAAUAGUUUGUAUACAGCAUACUGUUCUGUUGUACAUUGCUCUCCAGUGACAUAAAGCUCGAUGCAUGCGUUUUUGUAAUUCUUUUAAAGUGUAUGAUUUUAUUGAAUGAGAAGAUUUUAAUAUGCAUAUCCUUCCUAUAGAUACAAAGAAACAAAAAUACGGAAAGUUGUCCAAAGAAAGACAUAAAGUGGAUAGUGUCUGGAAUAUGUAUCUAUGGAAGCUUUUUUUUAUCCAUGGGAUAAAAAAAUAAAAAAUUUUUACUUUCUUGAAUCUCAAAAAUCUUUUUUUCUUGACUCUUUCUUUUCUCGCAGUUCUGACUUUUUUUCCCGCUCUCACAAAUCUAAGUUUACAUUUUCACAGUUUUCUGUAAAAAAUUAAAAAAGAAGUAAUUGAGUUUAUAUCUCGACUUCUCAGGAUUGAAGAUAUCUCACAACUCUUUUUUUUUUAAACUCAGAAGUGUGCGUGAGUGAACUACUUAAUAAAAUAAAAUAAAAACUAAAAACACUUACUUUCUCUCUCUCUCUCUCUUUCUCUCUCUCUCUUUCUCUCUCUCUCUCUCUCUCUCUCUCUCUCUGUCCAGUGGUAGAAAAAAAAAGCUUCCAUAGGUACUUUUUUUUAUCAUUUUUUUUUUAUUUUUUUUAUGACAUUUAAAAAAAAAAACCCACAAAUUUCUAUUCUGGGUUUUGCACCAAAUGAUUUCAUAAUUGGGGUUUCUUGUUGAUAACAGCUAUUUUUACAUAAAGACCAAAAGUUGAACUAACAAUAAGUGGGCUUUUAGUUUUUGGAUUUCUAUUAAAGAUGUCACUGUGAUUCUUUCUUCUUGAUUACUCUAAUAAUUCAUUGAAGAUGUUUGCCAGGUGUUUUUUGUACAUUUCUUCAUGUAUUUUUGCAUCAUUUGCUCAUGACCUCUGCCGUUCGUGUGCCUUAACGUUUCACCAGCAAGAUGACUUUCUGUAGGAUUCAUAACGCACGUGCCUGAGAUUGGUGCUCUGAUAAUACUUCACUUUAAGACAGAUUGUGAUUGACCAGUGAAUCAUUUAUGCAUAAAUAUUUUGUUUUGUCAGUCAUAUUUGAGACUAUACUCUUGGUUUAGCCGGUCAUAUAUUCUUCUUUCCCUGCUUUGAUUAAAGUGCUCCUGCGUGUGAGAGUUCAUUUAGGCUGAACUUUGGAUUUGAUUGACGAAACGAUCAGGAACAUCCAGUAAAUCACUGCUUCUCCACUGGUUUUGUUUCAUCCAACAGACCCUCAUGUUGUGUUCCCGUCAUUUUGACCUGGAAAGGAUUUUCUUUUUUCCAAAACUGUUAUUGCAUUGGACUAAAACUUGCUGGCUUUGCUCACACAGGAUAUAAAAAUUUCCUCCCAAAAAUGGAUGAUUUUGGGAUUGAAAAAAAAAAAAAAAAAAAAAACAUACAAAAAAAUUGCUUGUACAUUUAUUGUUAUUUUAUGCUAUUGCCAAAUAUUGGAUUACAUUUUCAGUAUACGUGUUUUCUCUCAAUUAUCACAGCUUUUGUUUUUCUUUUUGCAGCUGAUUGCUUGCAGACCUCAUUGAUCUGAGCUUAUGAGCGAAUUUUGAGUGAACAUUGCCAAAAUUAUCAAAAACUACAAGACCUAUAUGAUAAAUCAGUUCCAAAAAGAAAUAUCAAGCCUGUGCUGAUUGAUAGUGAACAAACUGAUAUAAAGGUGGAAUACAAUAUUUUAUUAUAAAUAAUAAAUCCAAGUGAGUAAUUUAAGUUUUUUGUCCCCAGUUUUAAAUGUAAUUUAUUUUAUUUUAAGCAUCAUAAGGCUUAAAUUGUAGAAUCAUUUUUGAGCGUAAAAAAAAAAAGUUAAGUAUUUUAUUUUGUAUUUGCUGGUGCUGUUUUUUCCCCCUAAUUUUUACUUAAAGUUAUUUCAUUUCAUUUAAUUUUACAGUAAAGGCCAAAAUUGUUUAUCACACAAAAUAAACAAAUAUUCCAGUAACUAGUCAUUUAAGAUUCUUUUUUUUUUCCAGUUUAUUUUUUUUUUUACUUAAAUGUAUUUUAUUUUAUUUUAUUGAAUUAUAUUUUAUUUUACGGCAAAUGCCUAAAUUGUUUAUCAAACAAAAAUGAUUAAAUUCAAACAUGGAAAUCUUUUAAUAUAGCCAUAAACUGCCCAGGCACAACAACACAAACUUUUCUAUGCAUUGGGAGCAAUAAAAAAUAAACUCCACUAAUUGUUUAAUUCAUAUUUCAGCCAUUUUUUUCUUCAUAUAUUUUUAUGUGGCAUGCAAUUUGGUAUCUAAUUCCGCUAGCGUCUUCUGUUGGUGAUAUGCACAAUUGUAUAGUUUUGUUGCAUCAGAUUUUUAGCAUUCAGCACGUUUGGGUCAUGACCUGUUGAGAACGGCUUCAGCGAAUCAUCCGAGCACUGAAACACGACUUGCCGCUGAUUUCUCUUUAUUUUUAGCCCUCUGUGGUAUGACUCCAUCUGUAAACGCACUCAUUAACGGCUGUGUGUUACAGUCACUCAGCACUGACCAUCAGCUCUUGCAUCAGAGAAACUCAAUCUGGCGCUGAAGGAAACUGAUGCAUGAUUCCAGAGAGGCCAGGCAAAGCAAACAAGCCAAUCGAUCAGCAAUCAUCUGUUCCUGGCAGGACAGAGCGUCUUUAUACUUCAAGCAGGACAGGUUCUUGGAGAAAAAGUGCUUAUAUUUCCCGCUUCCUUUCUGCAUUUUUUAUAAUGUUGCAUGCAUGGUCGAAUCCAGAUGUAUUGGACUACUGUUGCCUGUCAAACAGGGGAAGGUGAACUCAAAGCCGUCCGCAGGGUUUUGUUUUUUUUCUGUACAACAUAAGCUGUUUUAUUAUUCCUCUGUCUAUAUUUUUGUGAAAUAAAAGUUAUUUUAUCUGAAGAAAA